UUUACAUUGGACACAACGGGGCGGGUGGUUAGACUAGUCGGCGCUGGGUUUUUCUUUGAAAUCUGUUCGCUGACACUACGAUUAAGGGCCGCUUGUGUUUCCAGAAAGCUGUUUAAAAGAAGAAGGAUAUACUCCCGAAGACGGUAAAAAAAAAUGGACGGUGGAGUAAGAGUCAUUACCAACCCCACGGUGGCUGUGCGACUGACGAGUCCUCUCCAGGAGUUCGAGGUGAACCGCAGGUUUAACAGAGGUAUCAGCAUUGCAGAAUUUAAGGGUAAAUUGGAGAUGGUUGUGGGAACUCCUGCUUCCUGCAUGGAGCUUGAGCUGUAUAGUAUCGGCGAUCAGUUCCUGCAGAAACUCGAUGACAAUGAAGCCCUUCUGGGUUCCUAUCCCGUGGAUGAUGACUGCAGAAUACACGUUAUUGACAGCAGUGGAGCUCAGAAAGGGGAGUUCAGCGACCUGUCGAAAGUGGAGAAGUUUGAAAUCUCAGACGAUGCAUAUGAGAAGAGAACAGACUCAGUAAGGUCAUUUUUGAAGAAGCAGCGUGUUGGCCGGUUCAAUGAAGAGGAAACAGCAAAAAAAGAAGCCGAGCUCGCCGCUCGCGAGGCUGAGGACAAGGCCGCGGCUGAUGCUAUGGCUAUCGGCAGCCGUUGCCAAGUUCAAGUCUCUGGGCAACCCACCAAGGUUGGCACAGUUAUGUAUGCUGGAACAACAGAUUUCAAACCAGGCUAUUGGGUCGGUGUGAAAUAUGAUGAGCCCCUGGGGAAAAAUAACGGAAGUGUUAACGGGAAGAAGUACUUUGAAUGCGAGAACAACUACGGCGCAUUUGUGAAGCCCCUGUGUGUGACUGUAGGAGACUUCCCCGAGGAGGAUUAUGGCUUAGAUGAGAUGUAAAAUUUGGCUGUCACUCGAGUCAAGAAGGGCGAGAAUUUUUUCGGCCUUUAAAUUUCAGCAAUGACCUCCACUGUUCUCCAUCUACUGACCGCAGAGAGGGAGUGGCCAGUCAUUGCAAUCGAUUUCAUUGUUUGUGUUUGUCCUAGUCAGAAAGGUAUGGGCUUGAUUCCAGCUAGACAAAAUGCAACAGCUAGAGCUGGUUGAGAAAUUAUUUUAGCCUUAAAUAAAACUCGGGCAUACCAACACAACAAGAUCAAAUAAGCGUUUGGGUGGUGCAUCACUUGUUGUGUUGGAUGUGUGGGCAGAAGUAGAACGCAGAAGGAUCGCAAACGCCAGCUUCUACCAGCAAAGUUUGAUAAAGCCAAGGUUUGGGUUGUUAGUUCAUUUUUUCUUUGCUGUAUGCGAAUUCAGUAUCAUUAAGGUUCGGAGCGAUCAUUCAACUCUUAACACUCGUUUUCAGUUUCUGGCACUUUCUUUUGAAAUACUUACAGUAGUGCGCCAAGCUCAGUUCACAUGGCCGUACUAAAGCCAUCUUGUCUAUUUUGGAUUUACUUCUUGCAUCUUAUCAAUCGAUCAGUUUUGACACUUUGGGUACCAGCUUUAUCUUUUCACUCGACUGAGCUGUUGUCACUCUGUACAAAGACGAUUGUAUAUAAUCAUUAAAUAUAAUGCUAGCUAGACAUGUAUAGUUUUUGUAAUAAAAGAUACUGUAAAUGUGUUUAAAAUGUGGCUAGAAGGUAUGUUUUGGCUGUGACAACUCAACUGUUUAACAAGUAUAAAAGUAACUGCCUUGAAAAUGUGAGAACAUUCACAUUAAUGUUUCUUAUUUUGUUGUGUUUGUUGAAUGACCAACCCUGUGCAGAUCUAUUUUUGGUAGGUAUUCAGUAGUAAGAUGCUAGUGGCCUCGUCUGAUGAAAUUCACUCUGCCUUUUAACUCGUGACAGAGAUUUGGUCCCCUGCCACAGACUGGUGUGUGUAACCACGAAUCUCACUGCUUUCUGUGAGCAUUUGUUGGUUUUCGAGUGAUCGGUUGGAGCUUGAUAGUUGGGAACUUGAUUUUUGAGAGGGGAAAUUGUAUCCCUGAAAUCUAUGUUUGCUUCCCUUAUUGCAACAGAAGUAAAGCUGACUGACGUGAAGCAUCGCUUUUAUCAGAAUGCACUCAUGAUGUCCUUUCCACCACAAACUAUAUGUAGAAAUGACCGUCUUACAUGUAUAACAAAAAUCACUUCAAUGGCGGACAAAGUUAAAUCCUGUGAUCUCAGUUAAGCUGUAAUUCCUCAGCACUGUUCAGACGUUCCACUCGCCACCCAAUAAACUCUCUGCCUUGGUUACGUAACAGCUUUUCACAAUGCACUUUUCCCAAUGGAUUACAUGUCUCAUUUGUGUGUCAUGCUGUAUCUGUAACCAUUUCCAACUGAUUAACUCAUUAAAGCUACUAACAGUUUC